AUGAGUGAUAAAAGCUUUAAUCUACGAAAUUCGCCGCCUUUAUCACAGGAGCCCGAUAAAGCACGACAUCAAGAUGAGACAAAAAGUUCCAAUAUGGCCGGAAGAAAGGCCGCCAAAUCGUUACGGCUAUUCCGAGGCUCGGAUUCGUCCGAUAACUUGUUGAAACCGUCCAAAGACUCGAAUUUUUCUUCGUCUCUAGAUACGGAAAAGUCAUCUUUCUACUCAGAACAACAGCCUUCAUCCGGUCGUAAAUCGGUCACGAUCACCUCGUUCGAUGUUGAGCCCCACAAAUCGCAUUCUUCCAGGGGAAUUACCAGUUUGCCUCCGCUCGAACCUGUUUCCUCUGCUACAUAUAUUCCGCAUACUCCUAUCGAUUCGCUGUUUAAACCUGUGCCCGAGCAUUUGACCGCUGCUGCGGAGUUUGACCACGAUGAUCAGGAUUCCGACGUUCUGAGCGAGAUCGAGGAAAUCGAGGAGGCUAUUGAACAAGAGAACCGCAAAAAGUUCGGCUCUAACGAGUCGGCCUCUGAAUCCUCAAGCUCGAUCAACUCUGUCGAGUCCUCAUCUUACCAACAGGGCGAUGUCUCUACUGAAAAAUUCCCAUUGGCCGUCGAGUUACAACCGUUCAAAAAUAGGGUCGGGGGUCACACGGCCAUUUUCAAGUUUAGUCAUCGAGCAGUUUGCAAAGCAUUGGUCAAUAGAGAAAACACAUGGUACGAAAACAUCGAGUUGACCCACCCUGAACUUUUAAAGUUCAUGCCCCGCUACAUCGGCGUUUUGAAUGUGCGGUAUGGAAGCGCAGCAGAAGAUGGCGACGAUCUCACAUCGCUCGAGCACGUUCCAUCGUUGUCCACAAGUGUUAAGGAGGAAUUACCACCAGAGGUUGUUCUUGACGACAACAAGCAUAUUUUCCCCGAGUCGUUUUGGAGCCACUACCCUACCAAGUCGCCCGGCCAGGAUGAGCCCAGACGUUUUUCGUACAGCGAUCCAGAAAGUCUAACAGGGUCGCCUCAGAUCUCUGAAGCGCGAGACACAAGCGAUUUUUGGGGGGCCACCAAGGUCAACACCAAAUUACAGGAACUUGUUCUGACCGAGGUGUUCGCUCCUAUCAAGGAGUACACCAAGAGCUUCCAAAGUAGGAGUGUUCAUCGUCACCACCACCACAAGGCAUGCAGUUUUUCUGGUCCAAGACGUUUCCGUUCUCACAGACAUUCAACAAGUGGGAUCGGAAGCUCCUUCGGCAAGGGGCUUGCUGUUUCGUUUGAAGACCGCACGCCUGGUUCCCAGACGUCUCCGCAACUCACAGCUAAACCCGACCAUUUACAGAAACAUUCCAGUUCGAUGUUGGAUCUGAAGAAACUGGCCAAUGGAGACCAGUCUGUGUUCCCGGACAGAGAAACAUUGAUCAGCAAGAUCAAGUGGCUUCCAAACGAGAACGAACCUAACGAUAUUUUUGACAUGGACAGAGACGCAGCUUCUGACAGUGCCAUUUUGGACGAAGAGGCAAUCAGUUUCACGUCGCCUCCAUUGCUGAGUUCUCCGGCACCGUCAGCUAGAACACGCAAACACACUCGCUUUGAAAGGUUCAUAUUGCUGGAAGACCUGACUUCCGGCAUGAAACAUCCUUGUGUCUUAGACCUGAAGAUGGGAACACGGCAGUACGGUGUGGAGGCCACAGCCAAGAAAAGAGCGUCGCAGAGAAAGAAGUGUCAGCAAACAACGUCCAGGCGGCUUGGAAUCAGAGUCUGUGGAAUGCAGGUUUGGGACCUGAAACGCAACAACUACAUCAACAGAGACAAGUAUUUCGGCCGCAAGCUGAACGUUGGGUCCGACUUUGUUCGGUCGUUGGCCCGGUUCCUUUAUGACGGGUUGUCUAUCUACUCUGUGGUGAAACAUCUGCCCAAUCUGAUUGAGAACCUGAAGGAGCUUUCCAAAGUGUUUGCCAAGCUUCCGGGCUACAGACUGUACGGGUCGUCGAUUUUGCUGAUGUACGACUCGGACGCAGACCAUGCCAAGUCGCAGAGCACUUUGAUCGUUCGACUAAUCGACUUUGCACAGUGCGUGAUUGCCAAAGAACCGUUGCCUGCCAAUACGACGUAUCCGCCCGAACACGAGAACUGUCCCGACUUGGGCUAUCUACGCGGAAUCCAGUCGCUGAUGUUCUAUCUGAAACUGAUCUUCAAAGAGUUCACCGGCCUGCAAUACAACAACUACACAGAGGCCAUCACAGUGAUGGAGAAACUCAAGUCCACGGUUCUUUCCCGUGGCUGUGAAUGGCUGGACAACUUCGAAGAAGAAACGUCCACCGAAUUCGACUUUGACCAGGUUCCCCAGUACGUCCAUACCGACUACGACGACGUCUCGGAAUAG